GAAACGGGCUGCCCUGCAGAAUCCAAGGGCAGAUUUCCGGUCCCCCUGGGAGGGGCUGGGAGGGGCCCCGGGCCCACCAGGACUCUGCGCUGGCUUGUGGGCCUCUGUCCCGUGCUGGGUGCUGGCUGGCUUAGGUCGUGUCACUCUUCAGAAGGGCAGGUUUGUGACAGGACUGGCCGCCCCGUCCUUGCUGCGUGUGUCCCCAGAUUGCUUGUCUGCGCUUGGUUCUUCUUACGCUGCUGCUGGGCUCUGUGGGGCAUUUUUGAGGCCCCCGUGGCCCAUACCUGCCUGGACCUUACCCCACUGUCCAGCACAGACUGGCCUCUGUCUGAGGUUCUCCCCUCGUGUCCUGGGAAGACAGCUGACUGAGCGGGCCUGUGGGCUCAGUGUCCCCACAGCCCAGGUGGCAGGGCCGCGCUUGGGGACGGGGUCCAGGAAGGGGGUGAGUCAGGCCCCCGGGAGGCCUUUGCCCGCACUGCCAGCGGGUAUUGUUCUGCACGAUCUCGGCUCUGGGCCUUGGUGGUCGCCACUUGUUUCUGGGGCCGAGAUCCUCUGCCAGGACGGGAGAGGGAAAUUAGAGUAGUGCCCCUCCACAGAUGUGCCCAAGGAGACACUUGGCAGUGUGUGUAGCCACUUCGGUUGUCACACGUGGGCAUGGGUGGCACUGGCAUCUAGGUUAGAGCCCAGAGAUGGUGCCAAGCACCCUGGCUGGACAGGAUGGCCCCUCGACAAAGAACUCAUCCAGCCCACCGUGCCAGGAGUGCCCAGGCUGAGAAGCAGCCGCUGCCCCGUUUCUCCGCUUGAGGGUGGUCGCGACAGACCACUGAGCCUGAGGGAGAGCAGGGCUGGGGGUCCGGGGCUCAGGGCGAGACGUGCCUGUCCCUGGAGACCAGCAGCCAUGUUCUCUGGCAACGAGAGGAGAUGGCACAGAGCUGGGAAAGGUCAGGUACACUCGGGGAUUUCAUGACAAACUGUCUGGAGGUCUGCCGUCCGGCCGUGCAGCCCUCAGCGCUCACCGUCACCUCUGUCCCCAGCUCCCCGUUCCCUCACCAGCCGCCAGGGCCUAGGGCUCUUUCCCCUGCUGUGCCCUCCCCCUGGUGAAGCCAGGAGCUUGGUCACUCAGCCUCUCCCGCAGCCGCCCCUCCCGCACAGUUCCCGCGUCCUCACCAGCUGUUGACUUGGCCCGCCUGCCGUGGGAGGUCUCCCCAAUCCCCCUCUUCCUCUUUCCCUAUUUGUAACCUUCUAAACCAGUCGUUCUCCACCAGGGAUGAUCCUGCUCCAUGGGAGAAACUCAGUGACCUCAGGAGGCCUUUGUUGUUAAACUGGGGUGUGGGUGCUGUUGUCACCUGGGGGUUGGGGACCUGGAAGGCCACUGCACAUCCUCGUGGACACAGGCAGGUCCUCCCCACCCUCCAGUAGAGACUUGCCUUGACCUACAUAGUCAUGCCAGGUUGAGAAACCGUGUUGCAGAGUGCGCCAGGAGACGUCAGCAGCUGCACCGGGAGACAGCCAGACAUGCCCAUUCCAGUAUUUUAUUUUCCUGCAUCCUUAUUUUUUUUGAUGGGAGGACUGGAUUUAAUGCUGACUAUUUAACACCCCUUCUUUCCUCCACUCCUCUCAACUGUCGCUACUUUCCCCUGUUCAGCAGAAGGAGGAGCCUGUGCUCAGGGCCUGAGAGAGCAGCAUGAGCUCUUUGACUUUGAACAGCGUUUUGAUUUCAUUGCAUGGCGACCUGCCGAUAAGGGAAGUGAUUGGGUUUCCCACUUACCAGAGUGAUGAUGCAUGACUCCUAUUUUGAAGAAAACCUAGAUUAAUCCCUUUUAAGUGGUAGUCAGCCACUGCAGCAUGGAUGCGCUGAGCACUGUGCUGUUUGGGACCGUCGGGCACUGUUCAUGCCCAGGUGGCACCCCCAGCCCACUGAUCUGUGCCUGUGGGAUUCCAGUUUGUAGGGGUGACUUCUGAGGGAUGGCACAGAGAGAGAGGCUAAUGCCAUUGAAAAAAAAAUACGUUACAGAUCUCAGAAGGGGACAGUCAGGCCUCCCAGGGCCCCAAGGGGAGGCAGCAGCUCGGUCGGGAGGAGUGGGAGGGGGGCGCAGAGUCUUUGCCGUGCCGUCUGCACGAAGGCAGGGCGCAGGGUCGGCGUUCAGACUGGGCUGGCUUGAGUGUUUCAGCGGACUUUGGGGCGCAGCUGAGGGUCCCGCAGUGCUUUGGAACCUGGAUCCGGGCCGAUGUGGGGCAGGGAAUGCCGGUGGGCGGAGUGAAGUGAGGUGGGUGUGGCUGUGGCUGUUGAGACCGCUGUGAAAGGUGUGCCCUGAGGCAGGUUGUGGGGACUAGCUAGCUCCAAGGCCCUGAAGGUGUCAGGUUGUAAAAAAAAAAAACAAAAAAAAAAAGCGACGUUCUUUAGUGAUUCAGUAGUGGGUCCUCUGAUAUUUUGAUAUCAUGUUAAGGCAACUUUGGGGUAAUGCCCACGGAGAUUUUUAGAAAGAUGGCACAAGUUGCCCUAAAGAGUAUGGAAAAGCAUUUUGUUAUGAGAGCAAGGGACCCAAGUGGAGAUAAAAGCAACCCUUGCAGGCCGGCCCCUGAUGGAAGUUGCCCGUUUAUCCAGCCUUAGCCAGGAGGAGCCUCUAAAGUUGAGGGGGGCAUCUGACAAUAUUUUAGUGGAGUUGAAAACUUCUUUUCUCUAGUGAACACUUCUGUUUUCAAAUGUGUGGGUUUUCCACACCAAGCAGUUCUGACAGUGACUACCUGGAGUUAGUGCAGACCCCCCAGGUCAAGGGCUGGGUCCCUCAAGACCGUCCCUCCCGCCUACCCGCUUCAGAUGCAGUCAGGAGUCCAGGUUGUCACCUGUCCUGACCAGCCAGCUGUAAAUCGGGCUCCCACAAUCCCUUCCUUAGGUAUAAUACUUGCUAGGACGGCUCACAGAACUCAGGGAAGCACCUCACUAACCAUUACAUAUUCAUUAUAAAGAUGAAGCUCAGGAACCGCCUGAUGGAAAAUGCAGAGGGCAAGGUACGCAGGACGGGCUGCGGGGCUGCUGCUCCCUCUGCGGGCUGCCGCCCUCCUAGCACCUCAGGGUGGCCACUAGCCUGGAGAUGCCCAACCACUCUAGUUAAUGUUUUUUAUGGAAGUGAUUGUUGAAAUUAUUGGCCAUUGGUGAUUGAACUCAAUCUCCAGCCCCUCCCCUCCACGGGUCAUGGAUGGGGCUGAAGUUCCCAGCCUCUGAUCACGUGGCUGGUCCUCCCGGCAACCAGCCCUUUCUCCUUAGGAUCAGUCCAAAAGUCACCUUACUGACGUAAACACAGGUGCGGUAGAAAGAGGCUUUUUAUAAAUAAUGAAAGAUGCUCCUUUCACCUUUAUCUGCUAUGAGAUAUUUCAGAAAUUGGGGACAAAAACCAAGUAUUAUAACAAAGGAUGUUUUUAUUGCUUAGGAAUUGACAAGGAUUUUAGGGCUCUGUGCCAGGAAUGGGGACAAAGACCAGAUACAUAUUUCUUACUGUGUACCACAGCGUGUCAUCAAGAGAAUGAGCGGUCACUGUCUGAGAAGCCGGACGGGAGGUCCUGGUGGAGAGCUGGGGCAUGAGGCUGUCCUGUUCCCAGACCUGAGCUGAUGUACCAGCUGGAGCACGGGCAGCAGCUGUGGCCAGUGACGAAAGGCCUCCCGCAGAGCGCCUGUGCAGGUGACAAAGGAAAAUCCAAGACCACAGAAUCUACCACUUGUGAGCCAGCCCUGUCUGAAGGAGCCUCACUCCAGCUAACACAAGAAGCCCCCAGGGACUCCUGGCUGAGCCAGACCAGGGAUCAGGGUGGGCCACUGGGAAUGCAAGAAGGACACUUGAGACCAAGGUCAGAGCCCCAAAGGGAGAGACUCCCUCAGAAAACAAGCCCCAAACAUGGUGGCUCAGGGGCAGCAGAUGGUGUGUCUUCAGGGAAUGUCCCAGAGCCAGUGCCCCGAGGACAUGCUGUCCAUGACAGUGACUCCUGUGGAUCGGGUAAAGAUCCCGUGAUGCAGGAAGAGGAAAAUACCUUUAAAUGCAACGAGUGUGGGAAAGUUUUUAACAAGAAACACCUUCUUGCUGGACAUGAAAAGAUUCACUCUGGAGUGAAGCCCUACGAAUGCAGAGAGUGUGGGAAAACAUUUAUUAAGAGCACACACCUCCUCCAGCACCACAUGAUCCACACAGGGGAGAGGCCCUAUGAGUGCAUGGAGUGUGGGAAGGCCUUCAACCGCAAGUCAUACCUUACACAACACCAGCGGAUUCACAGUGGUGAGAAGCCUUACAAGUGCAGUGAAUGUGGAAAGGCCUUCACCCACCGCUCCAAUUUUGUCUUACAUAAAAGGAGACACACUGGAGAAAAAUCCUUUGUCUGCAAAGAAUGUGGGCAGGUCUUUCGCCAUAGGCCUGGAUUCCUUCGACACCACAUCAUCCACAGUGGCGAGAAUCCCUAUGAAUGCUUUGAGUGUGGCAAGGUCUUCAAACACAGGUCAUACCUCAUGUGGCACCAGCAGAGUCACACUGUGAAGAAGCCCUAUGAGUGCAGUGAGUGUGGGAAAGCUUUCUGUGAGAGUGCAGCCCUCAUUCACCACUAUGUCAUUCACACUGGGGAGAAGCCCUUUGAGUGCCUCGAGUGUGGGAAGGCCUUCAACCAGCGGUCAUACCUCAAGAGGCACCAGCGCAUUCACACUGGGGAGAAGCCUUUUGUGUGCAAUGAAUGUGGCAGGGCCUUCACCCACUGCUCUACUUUUAUCUUGCACAAAAGGACCCACACUGGAGAAAAACCUUUUGAGUGCAAAGAAUGUGGGAAAGCCUUUAGCACUAGGAAAGACCUCAUUCGACACUUCAGUAUCCACACUGGGGAGAAGCCCUUUGAGUGCAGGGAGUGUGGGAAAGCCUUCAACCGCAGGUCAGGCCUCACGAGGCACCAGCGGACUCACAGUGGAGAGAAGCCCUAUGAAUGCAUGGAGUGUGGGAAAUCCUUCUGCUGGAGCACAAACCUCAUUCGCCAUGCCAUUAUCCACACUGGAGAGAAGCCCUUUAAGUGUAAUGAGUGUGGAAAGGCCUUCAGUCGCACCUCAUCCCUCACGCAGCAUCGAAGGGUUCAUACUGGGAGAAACCCUGUCAGUGUAACAGAUGUGGGAAGACCCUUCACAAGCGGGCAGUCCUCAGUCACGCUCCGAGAACUCCUUUUGGGGAAAGACUUUUUGAAUGUAAACACUGAAGGAAAGCUUUUGCCAGAGAAAACAUCAGCCACAGCAUCUGAUCGUACAUACCAAAGAGAAACUCCACAGGUAUCUUCACACUGAGAAAACCUAUCACAGAUCAUCAGUAGUCACAUCGUAGAGAUUGUCUCAACCUAGAGCCUUAUUCUACAUCUGGGAAUUAAUCCAGGAGGGAGAGGCCACUGUUCAUUGUGCACUAAGUGAAACCUUUAGCUGCAUUUUUCUCCUUAGUUUACACAGCAGUGUUAUCUCAGGAAUUUUUGUAAAAAGAGGUGGAAACUUAGAAAACAAACAAAACAGUUUCUUUGAGACUUCUCUGUCUAGUUUAUUGCACUUUGUCAUGGACUCCUUGGUUUACUUGAGACUGGCAGAUAAUGUCUCAGAGGCCAGGGUCCUGACCCUUUAUGUGUCUUGUGUAUACAUUCAUUGGUUUGCCGUGUCAGGAGACUUAGGGCAGGUAUUUUAAGGAAAUUAGAUCCCCAUAUGAAUGGGCACAUGUUACUGCACCAGUUAAAACUGCUUAAGGCUCUCAAAAAAACAACUGUUCUUUGAUGGUUUUAAGCAUCACUCAGACACUCUUGAUCCAAUCUGUUGUUUACUUCAGUAGCUAUACAGUAAAUCUUAAAAUUGGAUAAAGUGAUUCCUCUCUCUUUAUUAUUUAUAUUGUUUUGCUUUACUAGUUCCUUUUGUUUUUCCAUAUAAGUCUUAGGAUGCAAAGGAUCUUGCUCACAUUUUUAUAAAAAUUGAUUUACAUUUGUAGAUCAGUUGAGUUAGCAGCAUCAUGAACACAGUACAUGGUAUGCUUUAAGUAAUUCUUGAUAAUUUUAUUACCAUUUCAUAACUCAGCAUACAGUUUUGGUAACAUUCUUUAAGAUUGUAUCUAGGUUGGGUGGUCUUUUUUUUUUUUUUUUUUAGUCAUCAUACAUGAUGUUGACUUCCAAACUUUAAUUUUCCACGUGAUCUUUAGUAGUAUACAGAAAGAUCACUGUUUUUUGGAUGGUAUUUUGGUAUACUGCAAUCUUGCUGAACCCACUUAUUUCUAGCCAUUUCUUUGGAUAGAGCCCUUGGGAUUUUGUUCAUAGAUAUGUCAGCUGCAAAUAGUUUUAUUUCUUUCUUCCCUUCUCUGGAUCUGUUAUUUCCUUUUCUUACUGCACUAUCUAGGGCUUCCAAUAGUAGUGAAGGAUAUACUUGGCUGAUUCCUUGUAUUAUGGGGGAAAUGUUCAGUUUUUGUCAAGUACAAUGUUAAGUUUUUCCCAAAGUUCUUUAACAAGUUUAGAAAGUUUCUGUUCUUAAUUGGCUGUGAUUUUUUUGUUAUGAAUGAGUGUUGGCUUUUGUCAAAUACCCUCCAUCAGCUGAUAUGAUCAUUUGCUUUUUCUUCUAAAGCCUGUUUAUAUGAUGUAUUGUAUUCAGUUUUGAAUAUUGAACCAGCUUUGCAUCUUUGGAAUAAACCUACUUGGCUGUGGAGUGUCAGUUGUUUCAUAUAUCAAAUAUUAAAUCCUUCUGUUUGGUUGUAUUUCCUUGAAUUUUUCCUCUAAUUUCUUGAUUGGUGUGUAGUUCUCACUUUUUUUGUGUUUCUUUUUGACCACUGUCACUGUCUGGCUUUGGUGUCAAGGUAAUAGUGGCCUCCCGAGUUGAGUUGGGAGGUAUUGUUCCCUGUUCUUUAGGAAGUCUGUGUAAUUGUUUUUGUUAUUUCAAUGUUUGAUAGCAUUCUCCAUUACCAAUUGGACCUUGAGACUUUUGGAUUCUUUUAAAUCACUUGGUGUAAGUAUGGAGCUAUUCAGGGUAUCUGUUUCAUAUUGGACAAAUUGGAUAGUUCCUCAAGGAAUUGUUCCAUUUCAUCUAAAUUUUCCAACUUGCAGAAUUGUUUGAAGUAUUCUGUUAUUUUUAAUUUCAGCAGGAUCUGUACUUACAUCCCAUUUUAUUCCUGGUUUUGGAAGUAGGUCAACUAUUUUUAUCUUUGUCAGUGUUCUUAGACAUUCAUUAGGUUCAUUGAUCAAUUUGAAGAAUCGGCACUUUAUUUCAUUGAUUUCUAUUUGUGUUCUUAAUUUCACUGGUUUUUUCUUAGGAUCUUUGUUAUGUCUUCUACUUUGGUUGUAUUUUUCUUCAGUUUUUCGAGGUGAUUGUUGAAUUUUUUUUCUUUUCUAAUGUAAACACUAAAGUACUACAAAGUUCCCUCGCCUCAUUGUUCUAGCUUCAUUUUGCAAGUUUUAAUUACAAGUUUUAAUUCACUGAGUUCUAAGUAUUUCUUCAUUCCUUUAGAGACUUCCUCUGUAACCCAUGGAUUAUUUAGAAGUACAUUGUUGAGUUUCCUAAGUAUUGGUUUUAUUCAGAUCUUCUGUAUUCUUGCUGACCUUCUGUCUAGUAUUUUUGUCAGUUACGGAGAGGGGUGCUGAAGUCCUGAAGUGUAACUGUGGAAUUGUCCAUCCCUCUAAGUUCUGUCAGUUUCUGCUUCAAGGAUUUCAAACCUGUUUGGGGCAUAUACAUUUAGUACUACUACGUCGUCUUGGUGUAUUGACCCUUUGAUAGUUACAUGUCUUUUUAUCACUUCCUCUUGUUACCUUUAAAGCAUACUUUGAUAUUAAUGUAGUCACUACUGCAUUUUGUUUAUAUAUUUAAUUUUUCCAUAAAUAACUUUAUUUUCAACCUUAUCUGUAAUAUUACAUUUGAAGUUUCUUGUAACAACCUAUAGUUAGUUGGCUUAUACUCUCUCCUCCAUUCUGCCACUUUUUAAAAUUGGUAGAUUUAUUUAGGUCAUUUAAAUAUAAAAUAAUUGAUGUGUUAGAGCCUUAAGCAUACCACUUUAUGAUUUGUUUUUUUGUUUGUGUUCUCUUGAUAUAGUUCCUCUUGUUUUCUGGUGGUUUUGUUGUUUUGGUGGGGGCUUUCCAGGGAGGGGUCUGUCUUGGGUUACUUCAGCAUUUUUUAUUAGAGUUCCAUUUGAUACCUUUGUUAAGUAUGUCUUAAUUUUUUUUACUCAAGGCAUUGCGUAUACAUAACACAGUCUAACAUUAUCAGCAUUUUAGCACUUUGAUGUAUAUAAACCUUACUUGCAUUAUUCUUUAUAUUCUCCAUUCUUAAUAUAGUUGUUCCAAGUAUUUUCUCUUCAUACACUGAGCACUAUAUUGGAUGUGGUUGUAAUUUUUGCCUCAGCUGUCAACCAUUUUUUACAAAAUUCAUAAAAAGCAUAAGUCUGUUUGCCUCUACUUUUUCCCAUUCCAUUGUAGUUUCUCCUAGUAACCUUUCCCUUCUGUUUGGCAGAUUACAUGUAGCCUUUCUUCUAAGAUAGGUCUACUGUUGACAGAUAUUUUUGUUUUCCUUCAUCUAAAAAUGUCCCCUUCUCUUCCCAAAAGUAUUUGUGUGGGAUGUAAGAUUGGGGGUCCACAGUUCUUUCAGUACAACAAAACCGGUUACCUCCUGUCUUGAGUGGUUUCAGGCGGGAAACCUGCUGCCUUUCAGCCCAUUGUUUCCCUCUCUGUAGUGCAUCCUUUCUAUCAAGGGCUUUCAAAGUUUUUUUCUUUGUCUAGAGUAUUCAGAGGUUUGAUUAUGAUGUUAUGGCAUGGGAUUUUGGGGGUUUAUACUGUUUGAUAUUUGUCCAGCUUUUUGUAUCUACGUGUAUGGCCUUUGCCAAAUUUGGCGAGUGUUCCAUAAGUCUGUCUCCAAAUAGCUUUCAGCCCUCUUUCCUUUCUUCCGGGGACUUGAGCGUGUCGUUCUAGGCGCAGCUCCUUCCUGCUUUCUUCUUUUUCCCAGUCUGUUUUCGCCGUUGCUCAGAUUGAUUUCCACUGAUCUUUCUUUGAGCUCACGGAUUCUUUUGUCUCCCAUAUCUAAUAUGCUGUUGAGCUUGUCCAGUGAGUUAUUUUUUUGGUUAUUUAAUGUACAUGUUACUUUUUCACAUCUUCUGCUUCCUUGCCUAGUUUGUGAUGCCAAAGAAGGGACUCUGAGGAAACAGGCAAAACUGCAGUCCAGAUUCACGGUUCUCCGGUGGUUUAGCCUGAUGUUGGAGUGAAAAUCUGAAUUACGUGGAGGAAUGGAAGGCCUGUUAUCCACACACAUUUCUAAGAACAGCUCUUACAGCUGAGGGUCAUCCGCAGAUUGUUCAGAAUUGUGUUCUCUUGGGAAGAUGGGUGUGUAAAUUUUCUGUUCUUUAAGCCUUGUUACAAGUCCCAGCGGGGACGGGGUGUGAUGUAGUGAGUCAUAAGAAAUACAUAUUUGGAGAACCAAAACAAUAUUUUCAGAUGACCAACUACAUAUUUCCCAGGUAUGUCUGGUCUUCAUGCACAGCUCUUGAAAACACCGCAGGGUCUUAGAGGUGAAACGGGCGUCUUGUCAAGUUAAUGAAAAACUCUUGGACCCCCACCCAGGGGCAGGGCUGGAGGCUGGAUCAGCCAGUGGCCAGUGAUUUAGUCAAUCGUGACUAUGCAGUGAAGACCUCAGAAAACCCCUUGAGAAGAGCUUACCAAAAGGGAAUUUUGACACCUCCUAAGGGUCUCAUGACCAUGAGAAAUCUGGUUCUCUGCUUGGGGAGCCAGAACACCUUCAGGUGCCACCGAGCCAGGCCCCAAGCUCCACCAGGAUAGAAACUCUUAUUUGGGACCUUGCCCUAUGCAUCUGUUCAGCUGGCUGUUAACUUGUAUCCUUCAUUAAACUGGUAAAUGUA